CCGCCGUUACGCUGCGCUCCGCGGCUGCAAGAUGGCGGCGCAACAGCAGGAUCGUGAGGGUGCUACGCCAGUGGCUGGGCCAGCGGCGGAGGCCGACCCAUUGAGCCGCUUCACGUGUCCUGUGUGCUUAGAGGUGUACGAGAAGCCGGUGCGGGUGCUCUGCGGACACGUCUUUUGCUCUGCAUGCCUGCAGGAAUGUCUGAAGCCGAAGAAGCCUGUCUGUGGGGUAUGUCGCAGCCCUCUGGCACCUGGUGAACGAGCCACGGAGCUCGAGCGGCAGAUUGAGAGCACAGAGACUUCUUGCCAUGGCUGCCGUAAAAAUUUCUUCCUAUCCAAGAUCCGGGCCCAUGUGGCUACCUGUUCCAAAUACCAGAAUUACAUCAUGGAAGGUGUGAAGGCCACCACCAAGGACGCAUCCCUCCAGCCAAGGCAUGUCCCCAACCGUUACACCUUUCCUUGCCCUUACUGUCCCGAGAAGAACUUUGACCAGGAAGGACUUGUGGAACACUGCAAGUUAUCCCAUAGCACGGAUACCAAGUCUGUGGUUUGUCCGAUAUGUGCCUCGAUGCCCUGGGGGGACCCCAACUACCGCAGCGCCAACUUCAUCGAGCACAUCCAGCGGCGGCACCAGUUUUCUUACGACACUUUUGUGGAUUACGAUGUCGACGAAGAGGACAUGAUAAAUCAAGUGUUGCAACGCUCCAUCAUCGAUCAGUGAGCAGAUCCUCUGCUGUCCGUCUCGUGUUCCAGAGCUUCCAUCACGUGUCAUGUGUGAAACUUUAAAUAUACAGCAGCCCUGGAAGUGAGCCCUGUUGUUAGGACAGGGUCGCUUCUAACAGGGAAACAGGUUUCCAGUUCAGAGUCCUCCUUUCCCUUGGGCUCUCCCCCUACUGUUAACCCUGUUUGUCCCAUGUCUUUUCUUGCUCCUCAGCUGCUUCCUGGAGCUUCUGCUUCCUCUUCUAGGAGAGAACCCAGCUUCUCCGCCUGUCCGUGUUUCACACUUCCUCCUCUCACCCAGCGUUCCUCUCUCUGGCCCUCCGAGCCAGCCGGGGCCUUUUGUGGGUUGUGAAUAGCACAAAUGAGACAAGGGUCUCCCGUCCUCGUCCCCGAGGUGUGUGAGCUCGGGCAGCAGUGCAUCCGAUCAGGAUGGGGCUCCUGUGCUGAGGGAGUUCCUGUUGGCUGGGCCUUGGCAGCGGCUGCCAGGAGCUGGAGUUACUUCCCAGCAGACCUUUCAAAAGUCCUGCUGGGGUGAAUGUUCUGGGGUGGGGUGGUCUGAUGCUGGAAGUUUGGGUUAGUGAUAUUUUCCUGCCACUUCUGCACACCCUUAGAAUGGACUGGUUCAGUCUUAAAUGCCUGCAUCGUGCCUUUUUAGGAUAAGGUAUAACCACACGUUCUUAGUAUAAAUAAGUGUGUCUAGGUUAGAAACUUAGGUUAAACUCCAUUUCUCCAUAAGAGGGGAAGAGGGUCAGCUAAAAGAGACAGAAAGACCGUAGCUUUUUCCUUACGAUUUUCAAACUAACGGGGUAUUUUUCAAAUGACUGGGUCAUGUUUACUUUUCUAUUUGGGAGCCUGCCUACAUUCUCGUCCUUGAGGCACAAAAAGGAGCCUUCCCAUGAAUAAGAAGGAAGAGGUUCGGGGACCCGAGAGGAUGGAUGUCAGUUCUUUUUAUCUUGUAUUUGUUAACUUAGAUUACACUGAGCAUUGCUUUUCUAUCAUAGAGCGGUUGUAGGAAAUCUAGUGCCACAGCUGUCUCUUCUGACAAGACAUUAUUCAAAGGCACAACAUCUCCUAUGAGCAGUUGUUAAUGGAAACUGUCUCCUGGAAACUUGCUUUGGUAGCAGCUCAAGAAGCUUGAAGUUCAACCCGUUUGACGAUACUAAUAAACACGAGGCCAAGAGCUGGCCGUCAGAGGCGUAGGAGCAGAACGUCUGGUCGCCCCACGGGCGCCUGUAUUUAGGUUUGCUCCUUCAUGUCAGGCCUCCCCAGCCUGAUAGGGAAGUCCCUUCUGGUCGGUGGCAGAGGCGGCCAGUGACAGGGCUUUGGGCCUGUGCGCUGCUCCUGUGGCCUCUCCCUCCCUGCCAGCACCAACUGCGGGCGCCUGAGAGCCAGUGGAGAUGGGGCCUGUGGGGCAAAGUAACUUCUGCCGUGCCCGCUCUUGGGAGGGCCCGGACGCCAAGGUCAGCCUCUUCGCUGUAUUUCUGCGGCGUUCACUCAGGCCUCCCUGAGUUGAGAUCAUCUUGGUCUAAGGUUAAAGGGAAUUGAACAAAUCCUUCAUUUGAGGAAACCAACGAGAGCAUGUCUAUCUUACUGAUGGUACCAGAAAACUGAUUUCCUUGUAUUAAGUGCCCUUCAUGUAUUUCUAAUAAGAUGACUUCCCAGAAAGUGAAAUUUGUUACGUUCUGGCUUUUAAAAGGUGAA